CGCGGGUCUUUUAUUUUUUGUCAGAUAAAUAACCUGAAUUAAAAUAAACGUUCAAGAAAAUUUUACUGGAAAUUUCAUUGAGUAGCUUGAAUUAAUGGAAAAUUGAUAGAAUAAUACUAGUUUUACCUUUUUUUUUAUUGCUUACUUCAAAUAAUAUGGCUAAACAAGUUCCUAAAAAAAAGGGAGCUAAUGGAUAUAAACUACCUGAUCCUAUUCCUAAAGGAGAAAUUUUAGUAGAUAUUGCAAAGAAGAAAUGGAAAAUCGGAGCCUCCAUUGGACAAGGAGGUUUUGGGGAGAUUUAUUCAGCACAAGAAGCAGAUUCUAAAAGUGCGAGUUUUCCUUUCGUAGUAAAAAUUGAACCACAUGAAAAUGGCCCGCUGUUCGUAGAAAUCAACUUUUAUAUUAGAAAUGCUAAGCCGCAAGAAGUUGAAGAAUUCAAAAAUAAAAAGAAACUCAAAAUACUAGGAAUGCCAACUUAUCUUGGAUCAGGAUCUCACGAGCAUAAUAAUCAGAAAUAUAGGUUUUUGGUAAUGCAUAAAUUUGGUGAAGAUAUAUGGAAAUUAUUCCUGAAAAACAAACGAACUUUCCCCAACACAACAGUAUUUAAAAUAGCAGUUCAGAUAUUAGACGUUUUAGAAUACAUACACGAACAUGGCUAUAUACAUGGGGACAUCAAAGGAGCAAAUAUCUUGUUAGGCUUAUCUAAAGAUUCUCAGAACCAAAUUUAUUUAGUAGAUUUUGGACUUGCUACAAAAUAUCAAACAGGGGUUGAAUUUAAACCAAAUCCUAAAAAGGCUCAUGAUGGGACCAUAGAAUAUUUGAGUAGAGAUGCACAUCAAGGAGUUCCCACUAGAAGAGGAGAUUUCGAAAUAUUGGCAUAUAAUUUGAUCCAAUGGUUAGGCUGUACUUUACCUUGGGAACGGGAUUUGUCAAAUCCCGUUAAAGUACAAGAAAAAAAGGAAGAGUAUAUGGGUGACGUUGAAAAAUUGUUGAAGAGCUGUUUCGGACCUAGAAAUGUACCAACAUGUUUAGCUGAGUUUUUGAAAUAUAUAAACAACUUAUCGUUCGACCAAAAACCAGACUAUGAAAAAAUAAGGAAAUUAUUCAUCAAGGAGAUAGAGAAGAAUGGGGACAAGUUGGGAACACCUUUGGUUUUCAGUAUUAGGCAAACGUCACCGAAACGGAAGAGUGAUCACAGCGAAAACAUCAAGAGAAAAUACAAAAAAGCUAAAGAAGAUGAUGAAAAAUCAGACAACGAAGAUGAUGAUGGAAAAAUUGAAAAGAAAAAAGUUGCAGCAGUAACUUCAAAAGUCAGAAAAGCAAAACCAAAAAAGACUGAAGAAACUGUUGCCGGAGAUGAUUUUGAUGGUUACACCCCGGAAAUGAGGGCGAUAGCCAUGAAAAAAUUGGAGAAUGGAGUCAAGACUGUAUCAACUAGGAAGAAAGUAACGAAGGAGAAUUCUGAUAAUAAAACUAGUCCUAGAAAAAAUACCCCUGUAGAUGUGCAGAACGGAGUUACUGGAAGAAGUAGGAGAAAUCUAAAAGUAAUAAAUUACAAUGAAGCGGCGUUAUCUCCAAAGUGAAGUUAUUGUGGAUUGUGCAGAAUUUAGCCAUUUUCCAUGUUACUGAACUUCGUUAUUUUUACCUUGUCUGUUUUUAUUGUGUAAUUUUCAAUUACUUAUAAUUUUCUUUUAUUUAUUCCUGUUUUAAGGAUCGAAUUUUCACUAUGUAGUAUUUUUUUCAAAUAAAAGUUAUGAAUUUUUA